AUGUAUCAUGGCAUGAAGAGAGAUCGAGACGAUGAGUCAACCGAAAAAAGAAUUAUGAGCAUGGCAAAUUACCUCACAUCGAUGCUAGCCAUGAGCAAGGUUAGCACGAAUCCUCAAAUAUCUCGUGUGUUUGAAUGCAAGACAUGCAACCGCCAAUUUCCCUCGUUCCAGGCUCUAGGGGGUCAUCGUGCGAGCCACAAGAAGUUAAAAUCGACAAACGAGAGUAGCAACAACAACAGCUUGGAGUGGAUUUGGCCGGGCCAAAAGGAGCAUAUAUUCAAGGCCAAGGCCCACGAGUGCUCCAUAUGUGGUUUGGAGUUCUCCAUGGGACAAGCCUUGGGUGGCCACAUGAGGAAACAUAGAGUGGCUUCUUCGAGUUUGUGCGAAACUGAGCCUACUCUAUCUUUGUCUCGAUCAUCGGUGUCGAAUGUAAAAACAGGGAGCAUAUGCUUGGAUUUGAAUCUGGCACCCCCCGGAAAUGGGUUGGAUUUUCAGCUCGAAAAGGUGUUUCCUUUGCUUCAUUAA